AUGCUCCAGCCCGGCGUCAACAAGUUCUCGCUGCGGAUGUUCGGCUCCCAGAAGGCGGUGGAGCGGGAGCAGGAGCGCGUCAAGUCGGCGGGGGCCUGGAUCAUCCACCCCUACAGCGACUUCAGGGACCCCCGGGGUAAAAGGCUUUUCCAGGGGAGAGCAGCACCAGUCAUUCAUCACAACUGGCUGUACUGGGACGCGGGGUCCAAGGCUCUGCGGGAGAGAUGGCUGCUGGAGGGGGCCCCGGCCUCAGCCUCCGAGGAGGACGAGGCCAUGAAGAAGCAGAUGCAGGAGGAUGAGGUGAAGACCAAGGAGCUGGAGGAAACCAUCCAGAGGCUGGAGAAGGAGCUGGAGACGCUGGAGAACGGCAGCUCGGCGGCUUCCACCAAGGAGAACCUGGCGGAGGUGGCAGCACCGGCCAAGGAGGAGAAGGCAGAGGCCAUCCCCAACACACAGAAGAGUCCCCUGGGCACAGUCAAGGCCGAGAAGAAGGUCUCCAGCAGCCCCAUGAAGGCGGUGGAAGGCACUGACAUGAUGAAGGCAGCCAUGUACUCGGUGGAGAUCACGGUGGAGAAGGACAGAGUGACUGGGGAGACCAAGGUCCUGUCCAGCACCACCCUGCUCCCCCAGAACCACUGUCUGCAGGGGGUCAAAGUGUACGAGGAUGAGCUGAAAGUGGUGCAUGCGGUGAGCGCCGAGGACGGGGUCCUGCAGAAUGGGGCCCAUCCCCUCAGCUCCUCCGAGGUCGACGAGCUCCUUCACAAGGCGGACGAGGCCACCCUGAGCGAAGCCACCGGGCGCGAGGCCCCGGCCAAGGUGGGCGAGGAGGCCGGCAGCGCCCCGGCCAGCCAGAAGCCAACGCCGCGGCGGGAGAUCACGGGGCUGCAGGCCAAGCCACGGGAAAGCACCACAGUGCUGCCGCCGGGCGAGGGGAUGGAGCCGAGCCGGGAGCAGCCCGUCACCAUGAUCUUCAUGGGCUACCAGAAUGUGGAGGACGAGGAUGAGACCAAGAAGGUGCUGGGGCUGGAAGGCACCAUCAAGGCUGAGCUGGUGGUGAUCGAGGACGCCGAGAGCAAGCCGGAGCCGGCGCCGGCGCGCAAGGACCAUGCGCCGCCCAACGGCACCGCGCUGGAGCCAGCGGCCGCCCAGCCGCCGGGGGAGGAGGGCCCGGGCGGGCAGAAGCCGGGCGCCAACGCCACAGACGCCAAGGAGGCCGAGCAGGAGACGGACGUGAAGAAGCAGCGCUGCAAGUGCUGCACGGUGAUGUGAGCCCC